AUGUGUUUCAUUUUAUCCCAUCAACACCUAAAUGAAGCAUUUGCACUUUUGGAUACCGAUCAUGAUGGACGGCUUAGUCGGACAGAAUUGGCUGCUGUAUUUAGGGCGAUCAAUGUGGAACCAACACGGGUAGAAAUGGACUGUAUUUUCAAAGAAAUGGAUACUGAUGCAAAUGGAAAGAUUAGCAAAGAAGAAUUUAUCAGAUAUAUGAGUGAACCGCCAAAACAUCGAACAUCCAUCAAUGAAUUGGAGGAGCAGUUUCGGAUGUUCGAUGGGGAUGGUGACGGAUGUAUUACCCUUGGUAAGUUGUCCCAUCUGUUGUAUUCAAUUGUUCUGAGGAACUAUCAGUCUAUAUCUGAGUACAAAAGAAAUUACAUUUUGGGUUUGCUGAUUGCUGAAACCGAAAAAUCUGCUCAAAUUCGUUGCAAAUAA